AGAAUUGAGUGAGUGCUUUCAAAGUAGAGACUUAAGAAUUCGCUUCGAAUUUUUCGUUUUACUUUGAUUUGGAUAUAGGGCAUCAGACUUAAUAAAAGAUGAUACAGCUAUGGUAUGUUGGACUUCUGAUCACGGCCGGUGCUUUCACUUACGUUUCAGCAUGCACGUGCGGCAAAGUCCCGACUCUGCAGGAGUUUUUCUGCAAUUCGCAAUUUUCAAGUGUGUUUACGAUCGAAAACACUGGGACUGUAGUGCGAACAGGUACAGGUUCGGGAAGAGUGUAUGAAGUGAAACGGUUGCGCCAAUACAGAACUAUUGAACUGGAUGAUAAGCCUGAUGUGACUAAAUUGUAUACAUAUGAUGGUGGCUCCUUUUGUGGAGUUACGUUUGUCCCAGAGGCAUACUACCUUGUCACAGGGUAUUACAGAACAUUUCAUGGCCAGGUACAAAUGUGGACGAGCACGUGUUUCUUCCAGGCGUACUAUGGAGAGAAUCCGUUGGAAACAUUUGUCGCUCCUCAAUGCAACACAACAAGACCAGAUAUCAAGACGGAUCAAGAACCUAUAGCUUAAGUGGAAAUUGUCUUCUGCUUUGAACGACAGCGAAAAUUGGAACUUCGAAAAUCUGGGCAUAAUUGAUAUUCCUAAUUGGUCGUUUAAAAACAGAAUAGAACUUUAUUGAAGGAUCUCAGAUUACCAAAUAUCAUUUUGCAAUAACAUAUGCACAAAACAUUUAGAUCUAUACCACAAAUCAUACAUACGAGGUUUGGUGGAACAUUCAUUAUCUGUUUGUUGAACGUUUCUUUUUUGUGACUAAUAAAAAUUAACAAAAGUU